GGAUCGCAUGAAUUUAAAUCAAACGAGGAGGAGUUUUAGCAGGCGAAUUCGUUGAUGAAUAGGCUGUUUUACCGGUGUUUUGCGAUAAAACCUCCUUCUUCACAAAAAUAUUGUAAUUCAAUAUGGCUUGGGUACCUUUAGAGUCGAAUUCAGAGGUUAUGACGAAGUUUCUCCAUAAGUUGGGCGUCCCAAAGAAGUGGUCGAUCAUAGAUGUAUAUAGCUUCGACUCAGAUUUGUUGGCGAUUAUCCCUAGGCCUGUUCUUGCCGUUGUACUGCUUUAUCCUGUUCCUGCAAAGACUGAAAAGAUUGAAGAGGAAAAAGAAGAAGUUAAGGAUAGCAAAAGUGAUGCUCCAGAAUCUGUUUACUAUAUGAAGCAAUGUAUUUCAAAUGCGUGUGGAACAAUUGCGUUAAUUCAUAGUGUGGCCAAUAAUUUGGAUGCCAUACAGUUAGAGGAUGGAUUUCUUAAGACAUUUCUAGAUCAAACCAAAGGACUUUCUUGCAACGAGCGUGGAGAACAUUUAGAAAGUGCGCAAGGAAUCAUCGAUACUCACAUGGAAUCUGCCCAGGAAGGACAGACCGAGGCACCAGCUGAAGAUGUGGAGGUGUACUACCAUUUUGUCGCAUUUGUACAUAAAGACGGUUCUUUAUAUGAGUUAGAUGGUCGAAAAACUGCGCCUAUCAAUCACGGUUCAACUACGCCGGAAGCACUUUUGAACGACGCCGUUCGCGUAUGCAAGGAAUACAUGGAACGCGAUCCUACCGAAGUGCGUUUUACGGCGGUCGCGCUCGCUGCCAGCGAAUAAAUGCCAUCUCCCCAAAAUGCAUUCACUUUUAAGCUAACUUAAGAGAGAGAUAUGAAUAAUUUAUUUUAUACGUUACAAUGUUACAUAUGUAUUUCGCUUUGGCAACCCGUUUAUUUUCAGUUUUUUUUCCGAUGCCAGCUUUCUCGACAAUAUGUAGCACGUCAGUGAAAGAAAUUUAUAUACGCAGUUAUUUAUUGUA